CAAGAGUCUCGUUUAUUAGAGCAUAGUCAUGUCCCCUGCUGACGCAUAAUCGCAAACUUGCGAUAUAUAGCAUGUGUGUAUAUGAAGUGAACUAUCCCCUUCUAUGUCGUACCAACUGAGAGAAACCCCCAAAUGAGCUAAACCAUCCAUGCAUCUUUUUGUAAGAUGCCUGUUUAGACUAUUUUUGCAUUACAAUCGCAGUUUGGGCUGCUUACAAGAUACCCUCGGUCAACUACCGAUUGCUGGACUGAAAUUGAGUCUUGGGCUUACCCACGCACCGGAUAUCUGCAAUGAAAAAAAGGUCUCGUUCUUCAGCAAGUAGAAAAUUGACAGCGCCAGAUACCUUCCAAAUGACAACCAGGUACAAUUGCUCCGCCAAGAGGCUAUUCCCAGACGGACAGUUUUGGUAUGUCACCGGCCUCUCAGCCCAAACCCAAGAUGGUCUACAAUAAAAAAACUCCAUAUGGAGAAACGUGCCCAAUGUGCUUGGACGCCACGACCCACUCUCAGUAAAAGAUUAGGCCGUAUUACCGCUCCAAUGGCAUUGCAGAAUUCUGUACAAGGGCAUGCUGAGGAGCGACACAAUGUGCAUUUCAUGCUCGUGCGGGAGAAGAGGGACGUUUGACGCCAUACGCGUAACCUAGGUUUUAUGGAUACGAAGAAAAAAAGCUUGGUAAGAUGUAGUCAGAAGCUAGAUGGAAUGAGAUGACGAUUAAAGUUAGUUCUUGAGAGACAAGUGACAUGGAUUUAACGCGUGGGACGGUAUCCGUAUAGGUUAACAUCGUUUGCCUGAUGGUCUUUGAGCUUUUACUCACUUUACGCCUAGUAAACACAACAGAAAUACAUAUCGGCUGCUCGAAAAUACUGUUUCAUCAAAUAUACACUUAUUGUCUUGAAAUUCAUCAUCACGCGUGCCACUUCUUGGAUUAUCGACUACAACAAUUUAGGACAUGCUGCCUGUUAGCAAUC